AAUGUGACACCUCAGUAACAGCUUAUAUUUAGAAUUCCACACAUGACAUGACCAAAAUAACCUCUUGUCCCCUUCAUGACUGAUUAUGAGCUGAUCUUAUCAAACACGUUAGCAGCAGCUUUGGAGACACCACACUCUGAAACAGAAGAGUGUAAAUAUGCCACGUGUGGCAUGAUUAAAAUAGAAACUGUAAGUGGAACCUGAGUCUUGAUCUGUAGCUGGCAUCAUGAAUUGUAAAUAGACUUGACAUGCACAUUUCCUGUGUCUUCUAGAAGACAUUUCCAAAUUCUUAAGGAAAGAGCUUUCUUUUUUGAAGCAACACUAUGCAAAUUUUGGCGCUCUAGCGGUUAAUAAACAGAACUGCACGCAUCCCGCGGAAGAACAUUUCUAACCGGAGCUACUUCUUCAAGUUUAUUUCUAUGGCGAUUCACGCAACUUUGAGUCCCAAGGACCUGUUGGCCCCUGUCCUGUACCACGGUUACUACAUUCGUCCCCGCAUCAACAAGCAGCUUGAGCGGGGCUUCUCUCAGAUAGAAAGCGAAGAUGAUUGGUAUCGAGUUUUGUUAGAUGUGUGCCAGUUUACACCAGAUGAGAUCAGUGUGCGAACAGUCGAUAACCUGCUGGAGGUGACGGGGCGGCACGCUCAGAGAAUGGACCAGCAUGGCUUUGUGAGUCGAGAGUUUACCCGCACGUACAUCUUACCGAUGGGUGUGGAUCCGUUGCUGGUGCAGGUGUCUCUCUCACAUGACGGGAUACUGUGUAUCCAGGCACCACGAAAAACUGAGGACCUGGAGCCUAAAAUCAACCAGCUCAAGAUUAAAGUGGACAAGACGGAAAGCAAAAGCUAAUAAAGUGGACUGAUAUAAGCAGGCCCACAUGGAAUCCCGCAGAACUCUGUAGAAAAGUCUAUGGAGUUGGAAUGCUUAGCACAUGCUGCUCAUUUAUUAAAUAUUUUGGAUAUUUUGAA